AUGAAGAUGAAUUUUAUGAUUUGUAGAGAUCUGAAUCUGACCCAAUUUCAGAGAUCUUGCCAACCGACGGUCCCAACUCAGGGAUCUGCUGAAAUUCCACUAAAAUCUUCAAUUUCAUGGAAACAGGAGUUGGAGUUUCGUGUUCAAGGAGGAGUGCCAAUGGCGGUUAGGGGAGAUGCUAGAUACAUUAAAAAUUAUUAUCAGAAUUCUAUCAAGAAGGGCUCUGCAAAAGAGAUAGCUUUAGCAUCAAAUGCCAUAGGAUUAUUGGCUCUAACUGUUGCUCCUGGUAAGAAAUCUCAAGAAAUACUAGAAGAAGCAAUUACUCCCAUUUCAGAGGCUCUCAAAUCUCGUUCCGAUUCAUCAAAGAUAGCAUCGUUGCUAGAUUGUUUGGCUGUGAUCACUUUUGUUGGCGGAAAUGAAGCAGAAGAAACCGAUAAGUGCAUGCAAAUAAUGUGGCAAAUUGAAUGGAUGAAGGGUGAUCGAAAAUAA